CUGCUGUCAACUCAGUGACAGGCCCUGUUAAACUAGUCUCUCUGCCCUCCACCCAACCGCGCAGAGUCAAUGAGGGAACAAAGGAGCACCUCAGUGUGUCUUUACCAAAGAGUUAUUAUUAGACAACCUUUUUAGCAUCCUCUACCUCUAUAUGGCACUUUACAAGGACAACAGCCAAGAAGACGCACAUGAGUGCCCUGUGUGCUACGAGAGCCUGUCGGGCAGUGAGCGGACUUUAAGCUGCGGACAUGUAUUUUGUCACGACUGCUUGGUGAAAACGCUGGUCAGCAUUAACAGCGACGGGAUCAUCAGGGACACCAUCGCUUGCCCCAUCUGUCGACAUCUGACAUUCAUCAAGAGGCAAAGGGACGCGCUUGUAUCACUGGCAGCGAGCAAGAAUCCAGAUGAAGGACAGACCCUGGAGGUGCCUCUUCCUGUGACGCCGCUGCAGCUCCAGAGCGCACAGCGCGUCUCAGAGGCCCCUUUAGAGAGCGGGCUUGACCGGAUAGCCCGCUGCUGCGAGAGCUUCUUUCAGCGAGUCCGUCAGGAGAGGUUCGUCGGUCACAACCGUAAUGCGUGUCAGAUCUUCAUCAUUAGCGCGCAGGGACGGCCGAUGGCCGAGGAAGAUGCGCUCGAUGUCGUGAUGACAGUGGUUCAACCUCAGCGGAGGAGAAGACGCAGGAUUUGCAGCACUGCGCGAUGCUUGCUCUGUCUGCUGUCGGCAUUUACCGUCCUGGCACUGGUGGCUGCGACACUACCCUGGAUUUUAUUGGCUUAAUAAGGAUACUUAUGGAAUAAAUGUUUAAGUUAAAACAACCGAAAGACUUUAAAGACACAAUUUUGCCUUGGAAAAUCUACAUCAUUACACAUGUGAAUCCAACUGGUCAGCAUGGAAUGUAUGACAACACUAACUAUUGGAGUUAUGUGGUUUUGAGUAAUUCUAUGAGUGAUCUUGACUGAAAUGCACAAUAAAACUUUUAUUUGCACAGUAA